CUUCUUCUUCUCCUUCGCUCUCCUCUAAACAAACGGGGCCUCCCGUGUUCUUCACAGGUUUACUGUGGAAACCCAUCUCCCGUUAACAUAUUGCAUUCUUCUUCUUCUCCCGCUCUCCCUCUCUCUGAUGAUCUUCCCACCGUAAGUGGCAAUCUCUAGGCAUCAUUCUCUAGCUAGCCUACCAGCAAAGAAAAAGUCAGACUAAGAAAAGCCUUACUCUUUUCAAAGCUUUACUUGUUGUCAACCCUAAUUCAUGCAUAUCUCUUUUCUGACCACUUCUCCGAACUCAAACUUUGAUUGUGUAUGUGCAAUACCCACAGGAUUUAUCAAGUGAAAUGCCUGAAUAUUGGAAUAUUUCUAGCUAAAAAGCUAUACUACCAAACCUCUACGAACCCAAUUUGAGUAUUCUCAUCUUUUAUCUCGUCAAUAAAUCAUCCUGCCUUUCAACCCUUCAGCACGUCUCAUAAAGUAUCAAACCAGCAGUUAGAGCAUUUCAAUCCCAUCAAGGAAGGAAAAGUUUCAAGGAUGCACAGGUUAAAGGGCAUUAUCUACGGUGUCAAUGGGAGGAGAUUAGUGCCACACAGGCUACCUUUCUUCUCUGGAUCAUUAUACUGGGUUUUGCCUCAGAAACAGCCUUAUGGAAUCUCUGAAUUGGUUGGAGAGGAAGCAAAUCCUUGGAAGGGGAGACACUCUGUUCUAAUAUUUCGUGGAUGGUCCUCGUCUUCCUAUUUGGUUGAUGAUAAGGCUGGUGCUAUUAAAGCAGAAAAAGCCAAGGGUAUUCGCAAAAAAUCAGUUGUGGAGUUCAGCAAAGUUGAUGCAGAGCUGCUUCCAACGGUAAUACUUGUUGGGCGUCCAAAUGUAGGCAAGUCGGCACUUUUUAACCGUUUUAUCCGGAGGAGAGAGGCUCUUGUGUACGACACUCCUGAUGACCAUGUUACAAGGGACAUACGUGAAGGCAUUGCAAAACUGGGUGAUUUGCGGUUCAAGGUAUUGGAUUCGGCUGGCUUAGAAAUGGCAGCAUCUUCAGGAAGUAUUCUUGACAGAACUGCAGAAAUGACAGCAAAUGUGCUCGCGAGGUCUCAGUUUGCAAUCUUCUUAAUAGAUGUGAGAGAUGGGCUACAACCACUAGAUUCUGAGGUUGGAAAGUGGCUGCGCAAGCAUGCAUCUAGAAUCAGUACUAUUUUAGUGAUGAACAAAUCUGAGUCCUUUGAUGAUCACGUUGGGUUUCUCACUGCAGCAGCUGGGGAAGCCUACAAAUUAGGAUACGGUGACCCUAUCCCGAUAUCUGCUGAGACUGGAUUGGGCAUGGCAGAACUCUAUGAGGCUCUUAGGCCUCUGCUUGAGGGCUACAUGCUUCAUAAUUUAAGUGAAAAUCAGGACAAUAUCUCCUCUGUGGGCAAGGACUCUAAGUUACCUUUGCAGUUGGCAAUUGUAGGACGACCCAAUGUUGGAAAGUCAACACUGCUGAAUGCACUAUUACAACAAAAUCGUGUUCUGACUGGGCCAGAAGCUGGCUUGACAAGAGACUCAGUUAGAGCUCAUUUUCAAUUUCAAGAAAGGACUAUAUAUUUGGUUGACACUGCAGGUUGGUUACAAAGGACAAAGCGUGAGAAUGGACCUGGCUCCUUGAGCAUUAUGCAAUCAAGAAAAAGUCUUAUUCGGGCUCAUGUGGUUGCUUUGGUUCUUGACGCAGAGGAGGUUGCAAAAGCAAGGAGUAGCAUGAAGCAUGCGGAAGUAGUUAUAGCAAGGCAAGCAAUCGAGGAAGGUCGAGGUUUGGUUGUGAUUGUGAAUAAGAUGGAUCUUUUGAGGGGGAAACAAAAUUCCAAGUUAUAUGAAAAGGUCAUAAAAGCUGUUCCAGAAGAAAUUCAAACACUUAUACCACAGGUUCUUGCAAAUGUUGACCCUGGAACCGUAGAAUUCUCCCCUUCCAAAGAGAACAGUUUUGGGUUGAUGUCUUUUGACCUUCUCAACCAUAUUUGGAUGGACCGUAAUCUCAAGAAAUUGUCCUCCAACUUGAGGCCUCUUCGUCAGGUGACGGGUAUACCUGUUGUCUUUGUUUCAGCUCUGGAGGGAAGGGGUCGUAUAGCAGUCAUGAAUCAGGUUGUCAGUACAUAUGAAAAAUGGUGCUUAAGAUUGUCAACGGCAUGUCUUAACCGUUGGCUACAUAAGGUUAUGAGACGGCAUUCAUGGAAGGAUGAAGCUGCACAACCCAAGAUAAAGUACUUCACACAAGUGAAGGCUCGGCCACCUACUUUUGUUGCCUUCUUGAGUGGAAAGACACAGCUUACAGAUACAGAUAUUAGGUUCUUAACCAAGUCCUUGAAGGAAGAUUUUGAUAUUGGUGGGAUACCCAUCAGGAUCAUGCAGCGAGCUAUCCCAAGGAAAGUGAGAAACAUCGGUCGAAAGAACGGCCAAUCCACUGGGAGGUCGAUGGACAGAAAACUAUCUGAUAAGAGGACCAUACCUGUUUGACGUUAUAUGCAUGCCUGGUCUAUGGUAGGGUAAAAGUUGGUAGAUGGCCAUUUUGAGUAUAUGCUGACUGACCAGCACCAUUCCUGCCAUAUUGCAGCUAGUGCAGUGCCUAUGUUUAUUUGCAUGGGUAGGCUAAAGGUCUAAGCCAUGUGGCAGAAUAAAGUUUUUGAAGAUGGUAGAAAGGUCAAUAGUUUGGGAAGUAUUAACUAUUGUAAAUACAAGAGGAUGCUCAAAGUAAACCGGGGUGGGGGGGCAUAAGUUACGAUGGUCAAAUUUUCAUGUGGCCAAUCCAGAGGUUAUCUAUUAGAUAUUUCACAUGACUCUAAUCAAAUCGAUCUGAUUAUUUAAAGAGAGCUGGCUGUUUUAGGGUGAAAGAGUUGUAGCAGAAAGCAGGGUUCUAAUUGCUCCACCAUCCCCAGGUUCAAUAUUUCCGCUGGUGUUCUCAUUGAUGGCCAAGAGUGUAUGUGAUCAAAGUUUAUAUGUAAUGACUGGAAAAUACACCCCAUGAUUCUUCUCUCUGCUGGUGUAUUUAUUCUGCUGAAGGUGUUUGAUCAUGUCUCUUAGGCUAGCUAAUGCAAGUUGACGAACAAAGAUUAAUUUUAACUUUCUUGAUGCAAGAUAAACCAGAUACCGGCCAUGUCAACAGACACAACAUGGCCUAAUAUGGCCUAAUGUUGAACUGGGCAGCCAGCCUUGCCUGGUGCCAAAAGGCUUUGGCAGCCCUGGUGAGGGUGACUUGACUUAUUCUUUGUUUUUUUAUCCAAUUUUAAAUUUAUUUUCUACUUGUUCGAGUGAGUGGGUAAUUGAUUCUUGAAAUGUUAUAGAAUUCAGUUGUUCA